AUGGAAGGAAAGACAAAAGAAGAAUUGAAAAUGGAUAUGGUCAGCGAAAAAUUAGGUAAAUAUUUGUUACAAGGAUGGACUAUGUUAGGUAGUUGUUGUGUACAACAUCCAACUGUUCCUUUAAUGAGAGAAAGAGGAGGAAAGAAAUGUAUUUGUGUACUUUGUGAUGAUAAGUAUUAUGUUGAAGACGGUAAUAACUUGUUAGUGUAUCUUAUAAAAGGACAAGACAAUGAGGUUAUUCCAGAGGAAAACAAAAUUACUUUAAAUGAGAAAAUUCCAGAAGAAAAGAAGGAGCCUAUUCACCAGCUCAAAGAAUAUACAAGUGAAAGUGAUGAAGAUGAUGACGAUGAAGAAGAAAUUGCAUUAAUGAUGGCAAUUGAAAAACAAAAAGAGCAACAAAUAGGAAGAGGAAAAAAGAAAGAAGGAAUUGAUUCUUACCAAAGAAAAGGAGAAAAUAUUGUUUCUGAUACAGUAAAAGAUGUUAGAAAGACUCCUCUCAAGUUAUCUACUUCAACAAAUACAAGUAACUCAAAAGAUAUUCAAAUAAGUAUCCUUGAACGUAAAAUUGAUGAGUUAAUUAAAGAAAUUGAAGUUACUAGUCCAAAGAAUGCUGAUUUGAUAAGUUCAAUGUCUGUUGCAAUUCAACAACUUAAACAAACCAUUUCUUCCCUUUAA